AUGGGAAUAGUGGAAGAAGCUCACAACGUGCGGGUCGUAGGGUCGGGUCAACAAGUCCUAGUCUUGGCCCACGGCUUCGGCACCGAUCAGUCGGUCUGGAAACACCUCGUCCACGACAACCGCGUCAUUAUGUACGACAACAUGGGUGCCGGAACCACCAACCCAGAAUACUUCGACUUCGAGCGCUACCCCACCCACGAAGGCUACACCUACGACCUUCUUGCCAUUCUUAAGGAGCUCCACAUCGAGUCAUGCAUCUUCGUCGGCCAUUCUGCCUCUGUCAUGGUCUGCACCACUGCUGCAGUCACCCGACCCGACCUUUUCACCAAACUAAUCAUGAUCGCCGCCUCCCCUAGCUCAGUCUCACAAUUUGUAAAAAACUCCUUAAAGAUGCGGAAAAACUCUACAUCAGGCUCAUUCACUUACAAUCAGAUCCCAACCAGAAAAAGUAUAAACGACCUCGUGGGCUUGGGCUUCUCCCCCCAGCCGUUUCUACAUGUAGGUUUUGUCAAGUCUCAAACAAUGCAACUUGCUCAGGGCUUUGCAGUCCAAGAUACAAUGCGAACUUUCCUCUAA